CGCAUCUCUAAUAGUAAAUAUAUCGCCCAAAUAAUUCACGUGUUUGUUUCGAAAAGAAGGAAUAAUAUUAAUAAAUAUGCUACGCAAACAAGCCAGACAGCGUCGAGAAUAUUUAUAUUCGAAAGCCGUGAAUGAACGCAUAUUGACGAAAAAGAAAAAUGCGGAGGCAGUCACAGAGAAAAUCAAGCAGAACAAAUCGCUCAACUCUUCAAAUAUCAAAAACGGCAUUAACGUUUACAAUUCCCUGAAGUUUUAUGGAGAAGGAAACGGCAGCUCUACAACUAUUGACGAAUACCAAUACGCCGGUGCUCAGGAUCCUAAAAUUAUGAUGACAACUUCACAUGAGCCUUCUUCGCGCCUAAAAAUGUUUAUGAAAGAGCUGCGUUUGAUAUUUCCCAAUGCGCAGCAAAUGAAUCGAGGCAAAUAUCAAAUCAAUACGCUGAUGCAAGCAUGUCGUGCUAACAAUGUCACCGACUUUAUCAUUGUCCACGAACAUCGAGGCAUUCCCGACAGUCUGAUCGUUUGUCACCUACCUUUUGGGCCAACUGCCUUCUUCAACAUCUCCGACGUUAUAAUGCGUCAUGAUAUUCCCGAUAUUGGACCGAUGAGCGAACAGAAACCGCAUCUGAUUUUUCACAACUUUAAGAGCACUAUUGCUUUAAGAACUGUCAGCAUCUUGAAGCAUUUGUUCCCAGUGCCAAAGGAAAAGUCGGAGAGAGUGAUCACGUUUGUCAACAAUGAUGACAGAAUUAUGUUCAGACAUCAUCAAUAUAAAUACGUAAAUAAGGAAAUUACACUGUCGGAGGCUGGACCAAGGUUUCAACUGAAGCUGUAUCAAAUUAAGUUGGGAACAUUGGAGAAUAUCAAGGCUUGUGACACUGAAUGGGUCCACCGACCAUAUUUGAAUACAUCUAUUAAGAACCCAGCCUUUUCAACUGAAGACAUAUUCAGCAAUAAAUCAAAAGUCUCUACAUAGACAUUUAAACUAAA